AGAAAUUAAUCUUCGUCGCAUCUUCAUCUCAUCCUUAACAUCUCCCAAUCCAAACAACAACUUAAUAAACCUCCGAUUGGAGGUUGAGCUUUGAUCAGCUUUCGCACGACUUGAUCAGCUCAAUCUUUGCUUUAUCAUGGCUUCCAAGAUCGUUGUUCUAGGUAGCCUGAAUGGCAAAUUAGAGCUCGUCUUCCAGAAGCUCGCAACGCUACACGAGAAGCAAAACUUCGCCUUUGCCAUUAUAGCAGGCGACCUAUUCGGUGCCGAUCAAGACGAUGAUACGAUCUCGAAACUUCUUAAUGGCGAUAUUCACGUACCGUUCUCCACCUACUUCACAGUAGGCACAAUCCCGUUGCCCGAGCGCGUUAUUGAGCGGAUUGAGAAGGAUGAAGAUCUCUGCGAAAAUCUUCAUUUCCUUGCGAAGCGCAGCGUCACCAAGACCUCGGAGGGAAUCCGAAUCGUAGUGUUAGGAGGCGCCCCCGACAACGCCAUUAUCGCUGGCCCGUCUAAAGACCAACAUCUCCCUUUCCACACCGCCGACGAUGCUAAAAUACUACGUGGCGCUAAUACCGCCGACAUCUUGCUCACGACUUGCUGGCCUUCGAAGGUAUGGGAACAUUCUAGCAAGGCUCCUAGUGCUGAGGGUCGAAAUGCGAUUAUAAGCACCGAAGAGGUCGCUGAGUUAUGCGCUACUCUUAAGCCGCGUUACCAUUUGUCAGUCUCGCCAGUAGACUUUUUCUAUGAGCGGGAACCUUUCUUCCACCUACCCGCCAACCCCGACUCCGAUCAACAUCCUAUUACACGGUUCAUCUCACUUGCUUCUUAUGGCAACUCUGCAAAGGCAAAGGCCAUGUAUGCCUUCAAUCUUGUGCCCGGCGAGUCAUCCGGUCCCAUACCCGCCGGGAGCACUGCUUCCCCGUUUAUCCCCAGAACCAAUAUCAAGAAACGACCCGCGCCUACCGAUGGCGAAGACCAACAUGGCCAUGGUUACCGCGGCAAUGACCGCCGCACCCGCCGCCGAAAGGAUCGCCCGCCCCCUCCCGGUCCCGAUCGAUGUUUCUUCUGUCUCAGCAACCAGAAUGUGGAGACACAUAUGAUUUGCUCCAUAGGAGAUGAUUCAUACGUCACCACAGCUAAGGGACCACUGCCUAGCUCCGAUACAUUCGCUUCCUUGGGUCUCUCAUUCCCGAGUCACCAACUCAUCAUUCCCCUCCCUCAUGAACCUACUCUUCGCUCAAUGGGCGCAGAGGCGGAUAAGACUUAUCAGGAGAUGGUGCGCUUCAAGGAGGCUAUGCAAGCAAUGGUUGCGACACAGUCCAAGUUCAAGUUGGGCGCAGUAACAUUUGAGAUUAGUCGACAAUCUGGCAUCCAUGAUCAUUGGCAAUUUAUCCCCGUACCCGUUGAUCUGAUUCGGAAAGGUCUUGUUGAGGCAGGAUUCAAGGUGGAGGCUCAGAACCAACAAUACCCGCCGUUUGAAGAAGCAAACAUAGAAUCCGGCGUUGAUGAGACAUCCGACUUCUUUCGACUUUGGGUUUGGACCGAUGAUAGUGACACUGGCAUCCAAAGCAAGGAGUUAAUUAUGCGUUUCGAUGGAAAGAUUCGCUUUGACCUUCAGUUUGGCCGUCGGGUUAUGGCAAAGCUUCUCGGACUAGAAGACCGAGCCAAUUGGCAGGAUGUCGUUCAACUCGUUAAGGACGAGACGGAAGACGCUGAGAGGUUCAAGGUCGCUUUUAAACCCUGGGAUUUCACUUUAACUUAGACUUAGAUCGAGAGCAUUUUUGGGAGUGGCGUUACUGGAUGGGAAACGAUUGAUACCCGCGUUUGAUUUUUUAUCAUUUGUUGUGGAGUUCGGGAAAGCAUCAAGCAUAUCUAAAGAGAUGACGCAUCCGAGGCGAUACUUUUAUAUCUGCCUACCUAAGUCGGUGGCCAGAUAUUCGCGGAAUCUACACUCGCGAUUGAUUUAAGGCUGCUCGAUGUGUAUGGGCGAAGGGUUGCAUUUGUCGCCAUCUCGGCAUAUUAUCGCGAAGCAUUUAUCACCUUUAUGUAUAUUGUACACUAAAGGUAGUUUGCGUUGAGUUCUGGCUAUUGAGCCCAAAGGAGAAUGCAUUUGA